CCAAGCACGAACAUGCUUUUUCUGGGGCUUUGGCUGGCGUAUGUGUCAGCCUUUGUCUACAUCCUGUUGACACUGUUAAGACAGUCAUUCAGUCAUGCUGUGCUGAAAAGAAGUCCAUUUUUUUACAUUGGCAAAUCAAUUGUUUCAGAUAGAGGUUUGCCUGGACUUUAUCGUGGAAUUACUACAAGCAUUGCAUGCUCAGCUCCAAUUUCUGCAGUGUAUACUUUCACCUAUGAAUCAGUUAAAGCAGCUUUGCUUCCUUAUCUCCCAAAGGAAUAUUAUUCUUUUGCCCACUGUGUGGCGGGUGGUUGUGCAAGCAUUGCCACCUCUUCUAUUUUCACUCCAAGCGAACGAAUAAAGCAGCAGAUGCAGGUUGGGUCUCAUUAUCGCAACUGCUGGCUUGCAAUGGUUGAAAUUAUCAGUAAGGGUGGUUUUUAUUCAUUAUACGCUGGCUGGGGAGCUGUACUUUGCCGGAAUGUCCCACAUUCAAUCGUCAAGUUUUACGUAUAUGAAAGGUUGAAGCAAGUUAUAUCAUCUUUGCCAUGUACUGUAAGGCCUAACACAUUUCAGACUUUACUCUGUGGAGGAUUAGCUGGAUCUACUGCUGCUUUUGUCACCACCCCUUUUGAUGUUAUCAAGACAAGAUUACAGACACAGAUUCCUGGAUCUGUAAAUCAGUAUCAUAGUGUGUUUCACGCCCUUUGCAAAAUAGGAAAUAAUGAAGGUGUGAGGGGACUAUACAGGGGAUUGACUCCAAGGUUAAUUAUAUACAGUCUCAAGGAUCUCUGUUCUUUCUUCAUAUGA